AUGAAGCAAAAUGCACUUCCGAUUUCGAUAAAGGAGUUUGCCGAUGCACUUUUCAAAAGGCCAUGUCAAGUUCCUUAUCGUCAUGACCAGCGGGGUCAUAGGACUAUAGGACUUGCAGUGAGUGGAGGGGUAGAUUCUAUGGCCCUUGCGGCGUUGUGUAUGCAGAUGAAAAAGAACUACAUACCGUUUGCUUCUGAUGGAUAUCCAAUACAUCUUGGCAAGAUCGACUUUCGAGCUGUUAUCGUCAAUCAUGGAGUACGAGAUGGCAGUCUAGAAGAGGCUCAGAAGGUUAUGGGGGUGUUGGAAUCUCUUGGUAUGACCGCACGAAUUUUGACUCUCCCAUGGAAAGAUAUUACUGGGAAUCCUUCCCAGCUACCUAAUUUCGAGAGCUUGGCUAGGAAAUACCGCUUUCAGGCAAUUGGAAAGUAUUGUCAAAAGUCUGAUAUCAGUUCAAUUCUCCUUGGACACCACGCCGAUGAUCAAGCCGAGACAAUCCUAAUGCGUCUAGCGAAAGGCGCUCGGGGUGUUGGUUUGCUUGGUAUUAAACCCUCUUCUCCCAUACCAGAAUGUGAAGGCAUUUAUGGAGUUCAUGAGAGUGGAAACCCAAUAACACUUGCUCUACCUAUAAAGUCCAAACAAGGCACAAAGUGGACCAAUAUCAUUGGAAAAGAUAAGUCUGCAUCCGGUGUUUUAAAGAUCAUGCCUCAAUUAGAAGUCGAGUCUGGCGGCAUAACUCUCUAUCGUCCUCUUCUCGAGUUUCCAAAAGAAAGACUCAUCGCGACAUGUGAGGCUUUAGGCGUGGAGUGGUUUGAAGAUAAUACCAACAGCGAUCCCACCCUGACAGACCGGAAUGCAAUACGGCAUCUAUAUGAUCAGAGUGGUCUGCCUAUGGUGUUACCUAAAUCUAGAGUUCUUGAUCUUUCUGCUCAACUUCAAAACGUUGAAAAUCUACGUCAACAAAAGGUUGAUCAGCUCAUAAAGAAAUGCAAAGUCCUAAGCUUUGAUACUAGACGAGGAACUCUUAUUAUGGAAUUCCCCUCGAUACCUUCUAUAACUCCCCAAGAUAUCUCCAGCAGAUCCAUUUUAGCCGCUAUGCUACUCCGUCGUGUAAUCAUGACCAUCACGCCAAAUUCCAUCGUAUCAUUGAAUCAGGUUUCCGCCGCAGUUCUGGAAAUUUUCCCACUACCUGAUGUCACAACGCAACCAAAAACCAUCAACACCGCUGGUAUCAUGUUUCAACCAUUCAAUGUCGAUCGGAAAUACCCGGGAAAGAAUGAAUGGCAUAUAUUCCGUCAACCUAGAUACAGGUCAUCACUUGAUGAAACCACUGUUCCAGAGCUACUCCCAGGAACAAAGCCUCAGUGGUUUCUAUUCGAUAAUCGAUACUGGCUUCAGAUACAUAACGAAAUGCCCUCCAAGGCUGGUGACUUAAUCGUUCGAUUUUUUAAUAAAGAAGACAUACCCAAACUGGAACGGUCUCUGGACGAGAGAGGGCUCCGGGUAUUAAAAAGACUCUUAAGGACGGUGAAUGGCGAAGAGAGAUGGAGAUAUUCCCUACCUGUCGUGGUAUGGAGACCACAUGGGGGCAUGAUUGUGGGCGAGGAAGUGAUUCUCGGCUUACCAUCUUUGGGCGUGAAGGUUGUCAGCUCCAGCAAUGUGAAGUGGUCGUGUAGGUACAAGAAGAUAAAUCUGUCUGAUCUGGGUCUGCAAGCUGUUGAGGACCUCAAGACUUUUAAAGUCCGCCGUGUGAUGAAAGGUAAAGGAGAGGUCUCAGAUAAGCCAGAGUUUGCACCUUGGGUUGCCAAGCGUGAAAAGUCUGUAUGGGAUGACAUAUUCGAUCGGGGAUCUCAAGCGAAGGGAGACACGAGUGAUUAG